CUCUUUAAAAAAAUAAGUUCAUUUCAUCAUGGAGAAAGCUAAACAAGCCGUCGCGAACUUUGUCUCCCGUGACGGGAAGCACACCACCACCGUCGACGAGGAUGUGCGGAAGGCCGUCACCGAGGAACAUAUUCGCCCGCACGAGCAUGAGGACAUUGUCACUGCGGUAGACAAGGAGAUCCACCAAGAUCACCAUCACACUACCGUGCAGCCCAUUACUAUGAAGGAAACCCUGCCGGAGAAACACACACAUCACGCCCUCCCCGUGGAACACAAGUCUUAUGAACAUGGAAACGAGAAAGAUGUCAGCGCCUUCCUUGAGCGCGACGCUAGCAAGUACAGAGACAGUUCUGUCACUCACGAGGCGACCCACUCGUCGUCCACUGCUCCAGUUGUGUCCGGAGAACAUACGCACCACCAUGUUCACGAACACGUUCAGCCCGUCAUUCAGAAGGAGACUGUAGAGCGUCAUGUUGUCCAUACGACUGUCCCAGUCCACGAGGUUCACCACGCGGCCGCAGUCCAACAUGGCACUUCUACUCUGCCCCCGAAGACGCUUGAAGAGUUCACGAGCGGUCGUGGGACCCUUGAAGGUCGAAACACCACGAAGGUCAACGAAUUCGAAGGAUGUCCCAACAUCAGCCACAAAGACCUCCAUGCCAAGGAAGCAAAGUCGGCGUCGCAGGCACAGGGGCUUGGCAACAGCGUGUGACGAGAGUGUUUGCUUGCGGAGAUGAUUUCUGUAUUACAGUAUUGGAGCUUUAUUGAUGGUCUUUUUUGACAAGGUUUGGCCUUUUGGCAAAACUGCACGUAAAUAAUAAGUCCGCAACACUGCGAAGUCCUAUCACGUUACUACACUCGUGACUGAUUGGUGUGCUGGGCUGCGCGGUCUAAGUACCGGAUGAGCUUGGGUUUUCAUACGUCGCGUGGGGAAGCGAUAUGCUCCCACGCUUCAUGGUAUUUUUGAUCGCUAUCUAUCGUAAGGCGAAUGUCCGAGGGUUGAGAGCGAGUGUUGUUGUCUUGCGUGGAGCGGAGGAUUGCACUCGGUCCCGCGAUGCGAGGAUUAUUGAUGCACCCCGCAGUUUCACUGCAGCCGCUGCUACAAGAAUGACUUCUACGGUGAUACAAAUGCGGGGGGGAAUGAGGGGAACCCGGUCCAAUGGACGCGACAACGCGCACGCCCAUGUCAAUUCGCAUGCGUCGAUUACCAGCUUGGAGGUUCUGAGCUCUUAGCUACCAGCGGUCGAUGAAACCGGCCUACCACGAGCUUCCGGCACUGGAGCUAUGAAACCGAAAUCAGUUGCAGAUAUAAGUCACACCUUGCGAGACAGGUCCCACCAAAAAAAAACAUGGCUC